CCAGGCCUGAGAAGGAUGAGCAGCCACCAGUGUGACGCCAUCUGCACCCACCACCCUGAUCCCGUGGGCCACCAUGCCUCUGUUCUGGGAGCGGAGAGUCUCCACCUGUCUGCUCUUCCUCUCGGUGGCUUCAGGCUCUGCAGCCCAGAGUUUAUCCAUCCAGAGAGAGCACCAGCUACAUUUCUGCAUCAUCAUCGGGAACCUCAGCAACCUGGAGCCCACAUCCUCGGAGUACACCGCCCUGCUGAGAGACACCCAGGACCAGGUCUGUCCCCCACAGUAACCACACUGGAGCGGACUCCCUGUGUACCUUGCCGCCUUGGCACAGAGACUGGACAGAGUUGCCAUCUAUGAGGAAUUCCUGCGGCUGACCCAGAAUGGUACCCUGCUGCAGAACUUGACCCUGGAUAGGAAGAGUGUCCUUGGGGAUGAUACGGCUCCCUGGUCAUUGGGAAAGAAUGUGAGGCCUUUCCGGGGACUCUGGAUGC